AGUAAUGUUCUUCUCUAUUGCAUCUCUAUUUAACUGCUGCUUGACAAUGCUAAACAAAUUUUUGAUUGGAUUCAGAUGAGGACUUCGAGGUGGAAUUGACAGUAGUUCCGAAUUUAAUUCCUUCAUGACCUCUUUGGCUUGCUUACUAUUUUUAGAAGGGUCACGAUCUUGAAUCCAGAUCCUACUAUUUUUGUCCGCUUUUUUGACCAUCAUUUCAAAGUUUUCUUUCAAAAACGAUGCAAAAAAAGUUCCGUUUACUGUUCAUACCUCUGGCAACAAAUGUCCCCCUUGCCAUAGGUAGAAGCAACAAUCAUUUUCACGUAUUUGCCCCCGUGCCACAGGCCUGCCCUUUGCCAGUGCAGCCUUGAAUAAGGCCCUCGCUUUUUUUACGCCAAACAGCCUCUAGGGGCCAAGGCCUGGUCAAGAGGGUUUCGUUUGUGAACAAAGCCAACCCCAUCAAGAUAGAAGGCAAUAUUUUUUGACCAAAAUUCAUUAGAGUCGUUUUUUUGCAUCUUUUUUGCGAACUUUAGUCUCUUUGAUUUGUCACGCUCUGCCAUCAGUCCUUUCUUUCUUGCCUGCAGGUAGCGUAGUCCUUGUUUGUUAAGAUAACGUGAUACAGAAUGCAAAUCUGCUUUUAUUAUGAUUAUCUUGACAGUCCAGUUCGGGUCUUGACUCCGUAAUAUUUUCACUGUCCACAUUAUCCACCGUUUAUCUCUCAUUGACAAUUUUGACGGUCGUCCCCCAACAGAAUUUGGGUUUUUUGACUGGUUUAGUGGACUGGAGAAAAAAACCAUCUUCUCAAUUAUAUUUGUGUUUGAGUGAUUGGGUUGUUAAUUCCUGGGAAUCACUGCAAAUGCAGGUCUAGUUGGUUUACAGAAGCUAAUCUCACUCUUCUUGUUCAUAUUCUUUUCCAUUUAGGCAGACAAGAUACAGCCUUGGUCUACAUGGUUAUAUGAGAAAUUUUUGAGGGAAAUUCAUGAGGGAAAAACAAAUGUGUUAGAAAUAUACGGAUGAAUAGCUUUUUGUGACGUGGAAUUGAAGCUGUUUAGCAAAUUCCAGUUACCUCAUUCCAUAGGAGACCAUUUCCAUAGAUCCCCAUUGUCUCGUGCCAGUAGGCAAAACUACGAUGUCAAUGGUUUUAUUUCCUUAUCAGUUAAUUUAUUCCUUUUUCCUUACUUGGAAUCCUGUUAUGAUUUCCUUUUUUUCAAAUUGCUGCUGCUGUUAUUUCUAUUACAUAGGUGGUUCUGAUUUGGGAGGUGUUCGCAGAAUGAGCAAACAUGCAAAGUGUAUCUGUUAUAAUUAAAUACCUGUAGGAGUGAAUAAGUGGUGUGUAGGGAUUCCUAAUUGCAGAUUCCUAUACCAAAAUAUCAUCUAAGGUAUAGGAAUUUGCAAUUAGAUAAUAAUAUCAUCCAAGCAAUCAAGGUCCAUUUUAGGGAUGUCUGACAUCGUCGCUAGGAUCUGCUAGCAUUUUAGAAAGUAAUUUCUUGUGAAAGACGAUUUAGGGAGAUCUUUUUAGCUCAAUGGUGGUCUUUAUUGCUUGAUUCUAUGCACAAGGCAUGGAGGCACAGGAUGGAAAGAGAAACCCAUUACUAUUGGCAUACUCUACCUUGUACAGGACUGCUAUUACAUGAUUGCAGCAUCUACUUGCAGCUGCCAUGCAAGAACACCAAGCUGUUUUGCCACCAGGCUAAGCAGCAACCCACAGCUCCUUCUCAUCAUGUAUUGGUGCUCUCACUAAUAAGAGAAGAAGAAUAACCUCAUCUUUUGGUUUACUGACGAGAAUCUCGCCAACAAAGCUACUGUCAAAGUAGCUGUAUGCCUUCCGAUCCUUAUAUUUACCAACAUAUUCCACAUUGAAAUUUCUAACAUUCAGAAUAUACUCGAAAUGUUUCCCAGUGUAAUUGUAGGCCAUAGAGAUUUUGUUUUUUUAUCCUCACCUUUGAUUUCCUUUGGGCCUGAUCAAUCUAUUUCUUUUAGCCUCUUUACAUACUCUUGUUGGAGAAGUUCGGCUUGAUCUUGGCUGGACAUCUCAAUAGGCAAACCCAUCUCAGCAGCUGAAAACGCUCUGGCAACAAGUUCCACCUUUGUAUAGUUGCUUACUGACACCCCUCUCACAGUUAAAAAAUCCUGAAUGGCUGAAGAUGGUAAUCCAUUCAAUGAAACAUAAGUGUUGAUUCCUGCUGCAACUGAGUGGCUGAAAACUUGGGUGGCUAAUUUGACUUUCAUUUUUGCAAACUGGAUUGGAUUGAUAUACUUGACUGUUAACUUUGGAGCAGUUCUGAAUGCUAUUUUUUGCUCUUUAUCAAAGAAAGAACUGACAUUUCUCCAUGAAGCUGUUGUCUCCUCAAACUGGAAGUUGUACUGCAAAUUAUUGUUUCUAAUGGACUUCAAUAGCGUCGUUUCUAAAAGACUGAACACUCCAAGAACAGGCUGAACACCCCAAGAACACCCCAAGAACACCCUAAGAACAAGCCAUUAAGCCGCUGAACACCCUUUAAAACAUAUCAAAAUCGGCAUGUCAUUCGAAAAAUAAUUUGAUCAAUCAAUCAAAAUUAAUUUUGGGGCGGGAAAGGACCUGAUAAGUCUAAUGCUGUUGGUGUUGUUACAACCAACUGAUGUUUUGCGCGCCAGAAGUGUGAACGGGGGUUUGUACACGCGGAGCAAAUUCGAGUUUGACUCCCUUUGUGCAUUCAAGCAAAUUCCCGUUGUUUUGAAAAUCUUUCACAUCCUGUGACAAUGUAAAAAUACGACAUGUCACUUGACUACCUAUUGUCUUCCAAACAAUUGUUCUUCCCAUCCGCUAAUUUGCCCAAAUGGUCAAGGCAUAGAAUAGAAAUGAACUGGUCACGGUAUGCUAAUAUAGCUAGUGCACUCUCAAUUACAUGAUUUAAUUGUGCUUUGGAGCCCGCUUUGGAGCGAUCUUCAUUUUAUCGAGUGAACCAUGGCUGCGGUCGAAAAAGAGAAACUUUCCACUAUCAUAAGGGAAAUAGCAGACAAGGGCCAGUUUUCAAGAAUACCAUAUGGACCCUUAUCAAAAUACAUGGAACACCUCCCACUUUUUAUGUCAAGGAACCUAAAUAACUUAUGUGAUGCAUAUAUUUGCAACAAUUUAAAUGAUCAUUUUUUGAUCCUUGAUGCAGCACAAAGCUACAAUUUGAAUAUACCAACUUUGGUAAUUUUCGAGUUUGAUAUACCAAGAUAUGAAGAAGCAAGAGGUUUAACACCACUUUUGGAUGUCCCUGAUGUUGUAGCAAAUGUUUUCUUGGAUUAUUCGGUAACUAAAUGCUUUUUUAUGUAUGUGAACAAACAGAUGAGAAAUCUUGAUUAAAUAAAUAAUUCCCAAACUUGAGUCAAAAGGUUUAUGUCCAACCAAUUUUGUCUAACCCUUAGUAUGUCUACCCAUUUUAUAUUAAAUAUGAUGUGAUUAUGUCAAUCCUUGAUGGUUAUUUGUUUCAUUAUCAGGCUACUUUUUAUCUGUUUUAUUAUCAAGCCUUUCAAAAUGUUGUCAGCUUUUCAAAUUAGAAUAUAUAGCAGUUUGCAUAAUAAUGUCAAUUAUAAUAAUUCCAUGUUGUUUUUGUGUAACCUGCAAUUAUAUUUUUUUAAAGAGCGAAGAAAACAAUGGUUUGCAAGAUAUGCUCGAAGAUAUUAACGAAACUGAACUUGCUCCAGAGGGAACAUCUCUGAUAGAAGACAGAAGUGGAGAAAAUGUUGACAACGGGAGUACAGAGGCAGCUGAUGCUAUAUUAAAUGUACUUUUGAAUAGCCCUGGAGACUUUGAAAGAAAGCAACCACCAGAAGCAAUUCGUUCAAACUUCAUGUGUACGUUCAAUGCUGAUAUAAUUCCAAUGGAUCAUGCAAAGGCAGAUGGAAAUGGAGCUUAUAUUCAAACUGGGUGUCCAAAGAAAUUUUAUCACAUAAAUAACGACAAUGGUUGGUCUUGCAUAGCAGCAAAGAAAACAGAUGAUACAUAUUAUAUCAACAAAAGAAUUGGCACAAAAUAUGAGAAGGUGCAUGUACAUGCAAGUGAAGUUUACUUACUGACCCGUAUAUACAGGCAAAACAAAAACAAUCCAUCAUUUCUGCAAAUGUUUGCAACAGUAAGAAGAGCAGAUUGUAAAGAUCCAAACCCCUUCUAUUACAUGUCAUAUCGAUGGAAUAACAGUGGAAGAAUUUCAGACCAAGAAUUUGUAGUUUCAAGGCAUGGCAAUGCAAAGAAACCACAUACGUCUUUGUAUGUAAGACAAAAUAUUGCCACAAAGAGAAAAGCAGAAGAAAUGUUAAAGGAUGGGGCAUCUUGUGCUAAAGUUUACAGAGAUUUGGUUAAAGAGGCUAAGACCCCACACGAAGAGCCACCAAACCCAAAGUAUAUAUAUAAUAUUAAAUCAAGCUUUAUGCCACCAAAACAGAAAAGCUUCUCAACUCAUGGAAUUCCAGAAUGUGAAGGACUAGUCCGUCAGAUGCGGAAAGAAGACUGCAAAGUCAGAAGUGUUGUAUUGCUACCAGAGCAAUAUGUUUCUUUCAAUGCAAAUAGUCGCAUGCUGGAAGACAUCAACCGUUUUUGUGUCCAUGGCAACAGUAUCCUACUUGUUGACACUACCUUUCAACUAUGUGAUGGUUUGUGGCUCACUGACAGCGGUUUCGAGUAUGAAGCUCUGAUUAAUGAGAAAGGUGGACACCCCAUGUUUCCAGGGCCGUAUAUGUGGCAUUUUAGGAAAGGCCAAGAUUCUUAUAGGCGUUUUGCUUUGGAAAUGACUUUCCAAAACCCAAACCUAUUUGAGAUCAAGAAAAUAGGACAUGAUCUUGAUAAUGCUGUUGCCUUUGGGCUGAAGGAUGUUCUAAGAAGGGCUGACAACCUGUAUUGCACACAGCAUCUCCAGAAAGCAGACGAGAGACAUUUGCGGGAAAUGGGUGCCAAUAAACGCACGAUAGAGAGGAUAAUGGCUGAUAUUUAUGGGUCACAGCAUGGAUGUGUGGAAGAGCUUGGUCUGGCAGACGCCUCAGAUGAUGAAGAUUUUGGUGUUAAGCUCACGAGCCUUAAGAGUGUUUGGGAUGAACUACUGCCAAACUUCCAUUUAUGGUUUGUAAAAAAUAGAUCCGAGAAAUUCAAAGGAAAUUUACUGAUGUCAGCACGUUCACGCCUGAAUAUCAAGGGUCGAUUUUAUACAAACGGCCUUGAAAGUGGCCACAGAUUGCAGAAGAAAUUCAUGUCAGAUGAAGGGCGAAAGCCAAGUGACGUCACAGAAGUGAAUACAUUUUUGAGUCAAUUUGUUGACGAAUUUCAUUCCGAAGCCGCAAGAGCCCUGCGAGGAAUUGGCCGAUAUCGUUUGGCACCAGGGUAUGAAAGUUUCUAUGUCGAUCCGUCAAAAUGGAACCAAUGGAGUGUAAAGAGGCGGCAGCAGCACAUAGAUGCAUUUUUUGCUUUUAUGCCUUCACAGAGCCAAUGCUAUGAAAAACCUGCAUCUGCUGGUUUGAAAACGGCACCAAGGGUAAAGAGAAGGGUAGAGAAGGAAGAGCCAAUUAUUUUUGUUGAUCGUACAUUGACACUACCUGUGAUGUCGAAAGAUAAAGUGACGCCUAUCAAGUUGGCAAAGGUUGGUGAAGAUCAAGUUCAAAAGACAGCUAACUCAACAUGGACUGUCGUUUCCCAACAAAAGAGAGGAAAAGACUCAUCCCCGAUUGACCCUUUAAAUCCAGACCGCAAAGUUGCCAAAGUUUUCCAACUUGUACACCGUUGCGAUCAAAAGAAUUGCCCAGCUUCAGUAAAACGAUGCCAAAGUUGCAAAAGAGCUUUUACAAGUUCUGACUUGGUCAUUGUGAAGACAGAGGGGACAAGAGAAUGGACCACUGCAAAUGGAAAACAGCGUUCUAGCACUGGAAACAUUUAUGUACAUUAUUUAAGGUCAUGCUUGCUUGAUUAUCAGCAAAAUUUUGAAUUUUCUAUAAUUACAGUAUCGAAGCAAACCUUGCAGUUGCUGCCAGAAAAUGCAAAGGCUAGACUUGAAAGUCAAGGCUGUGUAAUUGAAGAUUGAAAACAGACUUAUUUGACAUUUAGCUUUGAUGUUUUGACACUAUAUCAUUCUUUACAUUGUUACAGUUUUUUUCCAAAUUUAAAAGUCAAUUACCUGUUCAGUACAAUGUCUUAUGGAAAUUGUUUGCAUCUGUUUUUCUGCUAAACCUAUAUUUGACCACUACCAAGUAAGCAUUAUUAAAGAAGAUGGGGUAAACCCUUCAGAGUGGUUACAUGUUUUAUCUUAUAACUAUAAAUUGUAAAACCCUGUAAAACAUCUUUUUUGAGACUAUCGUAUCAGGGCCGGCGAAACGUAUUUGAAAGUGGAGGGGCCAAAAUAUCAAAGUCUUGAAAGGGGUUAGGAAAGGCCGCCACCAUGGUUGGCAGCAAGAAAAGUUUUAGAAUUAUGGUGUCUUUUUAGGAUGGGCAGAAACUGUAUCUAAAAUGGAUUUUGAUUGAAGGAAAAUCCGAGGCAAUAUAUUUAAGCUUUAUUUUAUGAACAUAUCCCAUAGUCUCGUCUAUUGUAAUGUUGUCUUGAAAUAGAAAAGGUCUUGCAAAGUUUUAGAAUAACCUUUAUAAUGUUGAUCGUAAUGAAACUUUUUAGAUGUUGAAAGUACCCAAAACAGGAUGAAGGAGAAAGAUAAAUAAAACACGAUUUAAUAAAAAACAUUGAUAUUGAAACAUCAACAGAAGAGCUAUCAGCUAAAAAUAAAAAUUAAGCAUUUUUGUACAGUUGGGAUAUUAUUUAUCAAUACCUGACCUUAAACUUUUUGGAAACAAAGUAUUUUUUACAAAAAAGACUCGAGAUUUGAAAAAGUUUGGAACCAGGUUUGAAAGACUCUAGAUUUGAAAAAUUGGAAUUCAAAUAUUCAAUUUUAUAUGUGUCUUCUAUGAUAAAGACUAAGCAACCAAGCCAAAGCUAGGGGCAUAUUUAAGGGAUUACUAAGCACAGUAACUUAGAGAAAGAUAUAAUACAUUUCUUUCCACUUUUGCCUCAAGGGAUAGGGACAGGGACAACAUUGGCCCCCUAACAAAAUUUGUUGUGACCUUUAGUUUAGAUACCUGUGACCUUAAAAUUUUCAGAUAUUAAAAGUGAUGACAAAAAGAAACAAUCAACAUUAGAAUGGUGUGCCCCUAAAAACUAUAAUCAGCAACUUAGUUACAAAUUCAUAACAAUAAGAUAGUAAUAUAGUCAUUUACAGUCCAUGUAACUAAUAAUUUUUACAAUAUAUAGUUGCCUAGGAAGGUAAGAGGAA